UCAGUUGAAUUGCAUAAUGUCAAAUCAAACAGAUCAAGAAGUUCAGAUGUCUGUUAAUGAAGUAAACAGAGGGAAUGGUUUUAGCCGUCUAGUUCAAGAACUGCAUCUGAUCAUAAUACUAGACCAGUUGUUUCAUCUGCUACAGUUAGUACUUUACCAAGAAAUAAGAGAAAAACUUCCAUAGUUUGGAAAGAGUUUAUUAAUAUCCCUAAAGACAAAAAUCCCAAUGGAAGACAGAGAGCAAAAUGCAAGGCUUGUGGGAAUAUAUAUCUGGCUGACUCAUCUAUCAAUGACACUGGCAGUUUGAGGAGACAUCUUAAGUCUUGCCUCAAACGUAAUAAUAAGGAUGUUGCUCAAAUGUUAUUGGGUGGAGGUGAUGGGAAUAUGGCACUGAAACUAAGAAGAUUGAUGCAGAUGUAGUUUAAGAUAUGAUUACCACACUUAUUGUCAGACAUGAGUUGCCCUUGGUAUUUGUCGAGUAUGAAGAGUUUAGGGCUUUGAUUUCUUAUAUUUACCCACAAUUUAGUCCUAUUGCUAGGAAUACCCAAAUGGCUGAUAUCUUGAGGUUGCAUACUAGAGAAAGCAAGAGGAUUAAGGAUUUUUUGAGUUCCUUCAAUGGUAGAAUGUCAUUGACUACUGAUUUGUGGACUUCUGUAACCACUGACUCCUAUAUUUCUCUCACUUGUCAUUAUAUUGACACAGAAUGGGUACUACAUAAAAAAUUAUUGAAAUUUUGCAUCAUGCCACCCCCACACACAGGAGCUAAUAUAUGUGAAAUUGCUUUAAAUAUGUUGUUGGAUUGGGGCAUUGAGAAGAAAUUGUUCUCUAUUACAUUAGAUAAUGCCGGUGCUAACCUUUGUUUUAUUGAGCACUUGAAAAAAAGUUUGGUAUUGAAGAAGGCAUUGCUGUGUAGUGGUGAGUUUUUUCACAACAGAUGUUGUGCUCAUAUAUUGAACCUAAUUGUACAAGAUGGUUUGAAGUGCAUUGAUGAAUUUGUACAUUUUGUUCGAUCGAGUGUAGCAUAUGUGAAGGCAUCUCAAGCAAGGAAAGUAAAGUUUCUUGAAUGCUGCAAACAAUUAGAUAUACCAAGUCAGAAAGGGUUGCAUGGAGAUGUUUCCACAAGGUGGAACUCGACUUAUCACAUGCUUGAUUCUGCCAUCGUCUAUCAGACUGCAUUUCAACAACUAGAGUUGGUGGAUAAAAACUUUAAAGUGUGUCCAAGCAAUGAGGAUUGGAAAAAGAUUGAACACUUAUGUUCCUUUUUGAAGCCUUUUAAUGACAUUACUGAAUUAUUGUCGGGGUCAAAGUACCCAACAGCAAAUUUGUAUUUUCAUAAUGUAUGGAAAAUACAUUUGUCUUUGUUGAAAACGAUAAAUCAGGGAGAAGACUAUGUGAAAAAGAUGGCACAAGAAAUGAAAAAGAAGUUUGAUAAGUAUUGGGACUCAUAUAGCAUCAUUUUAGCUAUUGCUAUUGUAUUUGAUUCUCGUUACAAGCUAAUCUUUGUUAGGUAUACUUUUGAUAAGAUAUACAGUUUGGAUUCAACAGCAAUGGAAAAAUUUAACCUUGUGAAAUCGACCUUAGCACGACUCUUUGAAGAGUACCGGUGCAUGGAGAUAACUGAGGAAGAGAGGGGAUUUCAAUCACAUGCUAUUGAGGACAAUACAGUUGGAGAUGUUUUAGAUUGGGAGGAGCUAUCCAUGUAUGAGAGUUCUACUACUACUGUAAUACAAGAUAAAUCCGAAUUAGAUUUAUAUCUAGAAGAGCCAAGGAUUAAAGAUCCGAUCAAGCAUUAUGAUGUAUUGGCCUUUUGGAAGUCACAAGGAGUAAAGUAUCGUGAUCUUUCUCGGAUGGCACGGGAUGUGUUGGCUAUUCCGGUAUCAACUGUUGCUUCUGAAUUAGCUUUUAGUGCUAGAGGUAGAGUUAUUGACAAAUACAGAAGUAAGCUAUUGCCUACAAAUGCUGAAGCGUUGAUUUGCCUUCGAGAUUGGAUGUUCGGAGUAGACUUUAGAGCUGAACCGGUUGAUGAUGCCAGUGAUUUGGCUAAUGCUUUGGGGAAUGUGUUGUCUUUGGAUGUGAGUGGUGAUACUAAUAUUACAGUAGAACCUACACAAAGAUCUUCUAAUGCCUCUACUGCAGCUAAUGUUUAGUCUGUUAGGUGGGAUUGAUGUUGAAGCACUCCAGAUU